GCGAAAAUGCGCAAAAUGUGGAACAAGCCGUAUAUGGGAAUAACAAUCUUUUGUAUGAUGGCCAGCUAUGGGUUGGCCAUACCCACCGAGUUGACCAGAUAUACUCAAUUGGGACAAGGACCAUUAUCGGAGGCUAACAACAGUGCGGUGAGCACCACAAAUAACCUGGGUCAUAAGCUGGACACAUCCUCGCCAGCUCCGGACUUUGAAUACGCCCUUCUGGGUGAGGACCCGCAAGAUCAGCAAUGGUUUCGUGUCAGUCUUACCCCGAAAACAAAUAAAACGGGCUACCGGGCACAGUUCGCCACUCGAAAGCAUCCGCCCUUCGAUUCGCAAGUGGCCCAUCGCCAUGAUAAGACCAUUCAGGAUCUGCUCAACUGGCUGGACCGCUCCGAGGAUCAGAGUCUGUGGAAGGUCUAUCGUGAUCUCUUGUCUUACACGCCGCAGGCGGACUCAUCUCAGGAGUAUCCCCAUGGCAACAAAAUCGAAAAAGGGGAAAAGGUGUCAAGGAAGCAGGCAUGCCCAAGACACGAGCAUAGACUGCUCCUCGUGGGAGAGGAGGAAUCCAGCACUACAACAUCGCCACCAGCACAGAAAAGUCAACCGCAGUCGGCAAGGAACUUGGUUUAUUUUAUCAAGGGACUUAAGUAACCUUAAAUGGUAAUUAUAACAAAGUUCUACAACUAAAAUCGAACAUUAUUUAUUUAAUAAAAACUAAAGUUUCAGCUUUAUUAAUAUUUUUUUUAUAUAUAACUUAGUCAGCUUGAAUCAAUAAAUUUUAAUAGGGUUUUACUUUCUCUUUAUAAUGGUUGAUACUUAAUAUUGUUAGUUCUUAGAAAAAAUAUUUAAACCAUAUAUAAUAAACGUUAAAC